UUCAGAUCGGCUGGAAGGAUCAGUACAUACCAUAUCCACUCAGGGAGAGAGGGGCUGGCAGUUCAUUCAUUUGAAAAGGUUCCACUCACUUCAAAAGGCUACAUUAAUUGAGAAGGUGUGGAUGAUCUGAAAGCACUCUUUCCUUCGUGGGGAAACGCUACGAUUUAAAACGCGAAGUGAACCAGGCAGCUUAUUCCCCUGGAUUCCGGAAUGCGUAAAAGCACCUGAUGGGAUGCACAAUAAAAUAGGCACAAUUCUACGUUGGCUAAAUAACUCUUCUUCUACAUCGUGGAUAAUAUGAAAAUGACUAUCAUAACUCCAUUGUUUCUGCUCUGCUUGACAUUGUUGGUCGGCACAACCGAGAGUGUGGCAGAGAUAUGCAGGGGAACGCACUGUUUCAGCUCAGAGGACUGGACCAGACCUUGUACAGGGGCGCAUUGCCAGCGGCGAACGGACGCAGCACCCCAACACUUAAACCCCGUAAUGCAAGACAGGCAAGCGUUUGUUAAGCCCCUUUACCAGGAUGCCCAUACUAAACAUCAGACCAGAAGUGCACAGGUACCAUACACUAUCAUUCAACCACAUCGUGGUGGCACGGCCACAAGCGACACGCAGAAAGAAAACCCAAGGUCCAUUACCGCGGAGGUGUACCACCCCGGGUGCAAAGGAGGGAAUUGUCAAGCUUCCCAGCCGCGACCAACGAGAACUGAGAGUGUCCCCCGGGAAUGCAAAGGGAUUGAAUGUAAACUGCCACUCAGGAUGCGACCCAAGCCGAAGCCUCAACCGUGCAUUGGCGACAGUUGUGUCACUGGUGGUGGCGAAGACCCGAGAGGGCAGCAGCCCCCCCUGGUUCAUGACAGAGCGGCGCAAUUUCUUGGAGAAUUUCCGGAGUUUGGAUCAGAACGUGGUUCAUCGCCUCUUGGAAUACAGUUGACAUGCGACAUCAAACCAGGCAACAAUGAGGUGCCCUCGGAGGACACCCUGGUGCUGCAGCUGCGUCUGGCCAAGGGCCAGGAGAAGCUGGUGGAGGCACUGAAGGGCCAGCAGGAAGAGAUCAGGGAGCUGCAGAGCAGACUGAGCCAACAGCAGGGGACGCUGAUCAGCCAGCAGAGAGAGAUCCUGGAGGAGCAGAGCAGACUGAGCCAACAGAUGGACCAGGUCAAGGCCCAGUAUGGCCUACUCCUAGAGAAUGUCAAGCAGAUGUCCUUCCAGGGCAUGCAGGAGGAGCUAGAGAGCCACAUGGUGGCCCUCAGAGGCCAGGCCAGAGCCCAUCACACCCAGGCCUACGCUGUGCACAAGGUGGACAUGGAGGCCAGAGUGAUGGAUGUAGACCUCCCCGUGUUGGCCUGCAGGUCCUGUGGACCGGAGGAGUACUGCGACUUCAGGACAGGUCGGCCGCAAUGUGAGAGGUGCACCAUCUGUCCAGCGGGCUUCUUCCUGGUGUCCCAGUGCUCCAUCCAUGCUGACAGGAUAUGCCAGGACAGAGAUGAAUGCCUUGAAGUAGCAAACCUGUGUUCAGAACAGAAGAAAUGUCUAAACACGCCAGGUGGAUUCAGGUGCCAGGGCUUGUCUGACAGAGAGGCCAGCACAGGCUUGUGUGGACACGCCUACUUCUACAACUCGGAGAUGGAGGAGUGUCAGGCCUGUCAGGAGUGUGAGGUGGAGCAAGUGGCCACACCCUGCACCUUCACGAGUGACACCAUCUGCUCCACCCCCUCCUCCACUGACAGCAGCAGGCUGUCCCUGUCCUGGGCUGGGGUUGUGACCCUGCCUCCUACCAAGAGCCACGCCCCUGGUCACGCCUUCCCCAACCUGCAGCUCCACAUCCAUGGGCGGGGCGACAGCAAUCUGCUGGCCACCGAAGACGGCCAUCUGGUGCUGCGACAGCACGGCCUUGUGUGGGCAGACGAGAACUUGGCCCUGAGCCAUGGAUGCCGCAGUUUCGUCCAAGUGUGUCUGCAGCUUAACACCAGUGACCUGACCGAGGGGCGGGACCUUAGUGGGGUCAGGGUGGAGCAGCGGGAAGUUAAGUCGCUCCAGAGUGCCAGUGUCAGUGGGGUGGCAGAAGUUGCUCCAGGAAGUAUGCUCUCCCUGCUCCUCAGGAGUGCCAGCCACCAUUGCAACCACACAAGCGAUGGCCUGCACCUCCAUGACCCAUCUGUGGCCCCUCUCAGUCUCUUCUGGCUGUCCCACGAUACCGGUGCCGUUGCCAUGACUGCGCAGGCAGUGUCAUCGGCACACUACCACACCAACUACCGGCCCGCCUUCAAGACCACGUCCACCUCUGACCCGUACGUUGUGGGGCUGACUCACGAUGGGCGUGGAGUGCGCUUCACCGAAAGUGGCACAGUGCGCUUUGUGUUCCAACAGGCACUCUACUCCAUGGGCCAGGCGUGCGUGACGGAAGGCUUUCACCUGCUGGCCUACCUCAACCACAAUGGUAGCAGCAUGGAGCUGGCUCAAACAUAUAAGACUGGUGUCCACUAUCGCGACACGUCCAUCUCCCUGUCGGCUGCUACCAUGGUCGGCCCCGGCGAUACUCUGGGCUUUGAGAUCCUCUCCCCGGGGCAGUGCAACAUUCGCUACUUCGGUGACGACUCCGGCAUCAGCGCCCUCAGUUUGGUGUGGAUCCCCACUGCCAUCUCCUCCGCCCUCUCCGCCUCCGUGGCACGCACAGGCUUGCCCUCCGGAGCGGUUCGCAACAAGCCCUUGUAUUUCCGCCAGGUGAGCCCCCACAUGCCGCAGAUGCAGGUCGGGCUUCCAGGGAAGGGUCGCGCUGAACAAGGACGUGAGUUUGUCUUCACGGAGAGCGGGACAGCCAGCUUUGCACUGGACCUGAAGCUGAUCCACUCCUGCAACCCGGUUAAAAUCACCCUGCUCCGACAUAGAGGCGAGGGGGCAGGGGAGGAGGGCAAGCCAGUGCCCCUGGCCCAGCAAUUCGGGGGCCAGAUGCCAGAGGGCAGUGGGUGGGCAAGUGUGGGGCUGCGGGCCUCCUUCCAGGUCCACAAUGGCACAGCGGUUUUUGUCACAUUGGACUGCGUGCGAGGACGCAUCAAUCAGAUCAGUCAUCAGGCGGGGAGCGGCGUCUCUAUACUGUGGGUGGCAGCGUAGCUUAGUGGUUAGAGCGUUAGUUCGAAUCCCCCAGCUGACAAGGUACAAAUCUGUCGUUCUGCCCCUGAACAGGCAGUUAACCCACUGUUCCUAGUCCGUCAUUGAAAAUAAGAAUUUGUUCUUAACUGACUUGCCUAGUUAAAUAAAGGUAAAAAAAUUUAAAUAAAUAUCACUAGACUAGAAACACCAAACUAACAAUACCUAAAGCAUGGUUUACCGAAUGUUUUACUACUUCAAUUAGCCUUUGUUCAACAAAAUUGGCCAAUUUUAGCAUGGUUUACGUCAUGUAUAAAACGUACCCUUACAUAUACUUACUUAAAAUACACCAAAGGAUGGUUUUGGUGAGUAGCAGAGAGAAUAUUUAAGCUUUAUGGUCUUUUAUGCAUAUUCUAUACUGUAUUUUGAUAUUAUAAGGAUGCUAGAAUUAGCAUUGUUAUUCAACAAUUCUUGGUAUGAACCUUCUUUCAUGUUGACAUUUGCUGGGCGCAUAUCUUGUAUUUACAGUGUAUAAUUGAGUUACUGCAUUGACGCCAGAGCUUUAUAGAAGAUACUUAAAAUUCUUUUUGCUUUCAUCAAGGAUAAUUUUGCAGGGCUGGUUUUACUCUGAAGUGUGUUAAGAACAUAUGUUUUAGGUUAGCCGCCAUUUUGUAAACGUGAGAGUGUCCGCUGUAUGCCUUAGUUAAUGACCAUCUUCAGGAGACCCAGAAAGGGUUUGUACACUCGUGUGGAGGUCCGCUUGUGUUAGACCAGCACACAAAGAAGUGUGCAUUAUCACGGGUUUAGAAUUAUACAGAGUUCUGUAGGCAGUGACUUCCUUCAUCCACUAUUUAGACCAGAAAUUAUGCCACCAGCCAAAGUGGCAGUCUUUAAUGUCAUAAUACAUACUUUGUAAAUAUUAAAACAGAAAACACUGAUUAUGACACCAAACCUCAUUCUUAUUAAGUCACCUGCAUUGCUUGCUGUUUGGGGUUUUAGGUUGGGUUUCUGUACAGCACUUUGAGAUGGGCUUUAUAAAUAAAUUUGAUUUAAACACUCACUGCUUUAAAAAACGCACAAGACUGUAGGCUAUAUAUUUUAAUAAUGGUUGAAAGGUUGUUAUAUAUUUAAGCAUUUAAUGCCCGAGGGGGUGUGGCAUA